AAGAGCACGACAACAGCCACGCCCCGCCCUCGACAACAACCACGAGCAGAGUCUUGAUACACCGUAACCCCGCUACACCGCAAUGGAAAACCUUGGCAAGAUUUCGGCGUUCGGAAAGAACAUUUCCGCUACCUUUACCCCCUGGGCUGCCCGAACACAGCAAUAUGUCAAGGAGCAGGUUGGCAAUGUCGAGGACAAGACUCAACUGCCUCCGGACUACAUUGAGCUCGAGAAGCGAGUCGAUGCGCUAAAAAAGGUCCACACGACUAUGCUCCAGGUUACUUCACAAUACGCAAACGAAGCCUAUGACUACCCAGCCAACAUCCGCGAGUCCUUCAACGACCUCGGCCGAACCGUCGCAGAGAAGGUCAAUCUACUCUCGAGCGCCACCUCCCCCGCCGAAGCCCAGGCGGCUCUUACUGCCCCUCCCUCCGCAAAGCCCCAGCCCAAGACUUUCAGCCAUGCUGUUGCCCGCGCCGCCCUGAAUGCCUCGCACAUGCUCACCUCUGAGCAAACAUCUUCAGGCGAGGACCCGCUCGCUACUGCCCUUGAGAAGUACGCCAUUGCCAGCGAAAAGGUUGGCGAGGCACGUCUGGCGCAGGACGCUCAGAUUCAGAGCCGCUUCUUGGCUGGGUGGAGUACCACGCUCAACACCAACAUUCAGUUUGCCACACGCGCUCGCAAGGCUGUCGAAAACUCGCGAUUGACACUUGAUGCGACCAAGGCCAAUGCCAGGGGACCUGCUUUUACGCUCCCUGGUCAACCCGCCAAGAAGGACAACCUAGAUGACGACUUGACUGAGGAGGCAAGAGCAAAGAUUGAGCAGGCCGAGGACGAGUUUGUUGGCCAGACUGAGGAGGCUGUUGGUGUCAUGAAAAACGUCCUCGAUACCCCAGAACCACUCCGCAACCUUGCUGACCUCAUUGCUGCCCAACUCGAGUACCACAAGAAGGCAUACGAGAUUCUGUCUGAGCUGGCACCUGUUGUUGAGCAACUGCAGGUUGAACAGGAGGCCAGCUACCGUCGGGCUCGUGAGGAGUUGUAAAGUGGUGUUGAUGUAGGGGGUGUUGGUGAGAUUAGGGAGGGUAUGGAAAUGGGAGAAUGGAUAGAUACAGUGUCAUGAAGGGAGAUUGUCUCGGUAUUGGCUUUUGUCCAGAGCAGG